AUGUUCAGCUGUUCAUGUGAUACGAUGGUCGCGAUGAGUAAUGUAACUGCUGAUGGUUCAAUAAUAUUUGGUAAAAAUAGUGAUCGCCAAGCGAAUGAACCAUUAUCGACUCGCUACAUCCCUUCAACUACACAUAUCCUCAAUUCAAAAAUUCGAACAACAUACAUUGAAAUUGAUCAAGUUGAAGAAACCCAUUCGUGUAUUUUAUUUUGUCCGACGAAUAAAUUUGGUGCUGAAAUGGGUUUUAAUUCUCAUGGCGUAGUUAUUGGAAAUGAAGCUUUAUUUACUAAAAUUCCGUCGUAUUCUGAAGGACUAACUGGGAUGGAUAUAGUUAGAUUAGUCCUAGAAAGAUGUUCAACAAGUAGACAAGGAAAAGAUACAAUUGUCUAUUUAUUAAAUAAAUAUGGUCAAGGAGGAAAUUGUGGUUUUACAUCAAAAUUUUAUUAUCAUAAUAGUUUUCUGGUAGUAGAUUCCAAUGAAGGAUGGAUCAUUGAAACUGUCGGAAGAGAAUAUGCAGCAAAACGAAUAACAAAAGGAAUUCAUACGAUAUCAAAUAUUAUUUCAUUCGGACACAUAGAUACAUUUGAUGAAUAUUCCGAUAAUUUAAUUCAACAAGCUAUUUCAAAUGGUUGGUGCAGUUCGAUAGACGAUUUUCAUUUUCAAAAAUGUUAUUCUGGAAUUUCCUUUAAUCCUAAAGAAUUCUACAAUGGUUUUGUCAAAACCAGUUUUGCAUCUAGUCAAAUACGACAAUGUAGAUCGAGAGAUUUAAUUGAAAAAUUUUCACAAAAAUCUCAACAAUUUACUCCUUUUGAUAUGUUUAACGUUUUACGUGAUCAUCAACUGUCAAACGACUCUCCGGCACAGGGUCUUACCAAUCUUGAUCUAUGUAUGCAUGCUGGUUUUGGACCGAUUCGAUUUAAUCAAACAACAGGAUCGCUAGUUUCAGUUCUUCCAAAAUCAUAUAAUGAACUUCCAGUUCAUUAUGCAACUUGUACAGCAUUACCCUGUUUAUCAAUAUUUAAACCAAUGACGUUAUAUCCGCCGGUAUUGCCUCCUCCGUUUAUUUCAUAUUCGGAUAGUAUUAUUUCAAAUCCAACUUGUACUUAUUCAUCAAAUAAUGUCUGGUGGAAAUCAGAAAUCAUGACUCGAAAUGUUAUGAAGCAUUAUCAAAAACUGAUUAAACAAAUUGAAACGGAAAGAGAUUUAUUAGAACGUGAAUUCGUUUCAAUGUCACUGCGUUUAUCAUCAAGAUAUAUUUCACAAACGGACAGAAACAAUUAUACGAAAUACGCUUUUGACAAAGCUGAUAUAUUAACUAAUGAAUGGUUUUCAAGAGCGUAUUCCUUAUCAUUCGAAGUCGAAAGUGAACUAUCUUUCUGGCAAGAAUUAACUUGGAAUCAAUGGAGAAAGUCUGCUGAAAUUCCGAAACAUAUGGUCACAUAUUCAAAAAUACAAAUUCGUCGAGAAAUAUUAUUUGUGAUGUGUUUAUUAUUAAUUCUGUAUUAUUUUAAGAAUGAUAAUCAACAAUUUUUCAUAUUAUUAUUCAUUUUUUCAAAAAUUUAUUUAUUUAUACGAAGAGUAUUGUUCUAUAAAACAAACCCAAACCCAGAACAACGACAUUUAACAUUACCAAGAUUGAAUUUUUAUGACUAA